AUGUCGCAAGUUGUACGUGAUAUCUGCGAUAGAUUCGAGAUAGUGUUGGCGUCAUCCUCGCCACGGCGAUAUGAAAUAGUUACAGAGGUGAUGGGAUUCAAGGAUGUCAGGUUGAUGAAGCCUACUUUUGAAGAGAAUCUAGAUAAAUCACUGUACGUGGAUAACCCAUUGGGCUAUGUUCAUGAUACUAGUCGGGAAAAGGCAUUGGGAAUUGUAGAAGAUCUGAUAAAAGAGCACAGCAAACUCCAGAACGCAAAUCAAAAGCCCAAGAUCAUCAUCUGUGCAGAUACAAUAGUGAUCGAUAGCGACAACGUAAUCUACGAAAAACCGCAGGAGUCUCAAAAGCAAAUGGAUAAUCUACUCAAGUUCCGGGAUAAUGAGUUGCCCUUGCGGGUGGCCACAAGUGUGAGUUUGAUCAAGUGGCAAGGUCCCGAGAAUCACACUUUUUUGCAAUUUGAAGAGGUUUCGGAGCUUUACUUCGAUCCAGACUUCCCAUUGGCGAUUGUGAACGACUACGUAGACUCCAAAGACGCUUUGGAAGUAGCUGGUGGCUUCAAAGUGCAGAGUUUCGGUGGAGCGAUGAUUCGCAAGAUCAACGGCGAUUUCUUCAACGUUGUGGGUUUACCUUUAAACAAGACCUUUAAAGAGAUUUACGCAGCGGCUUUCCCAUUGGAACAAUGA